UACGACCGUGAUGCAAUCAACACAACCAUUGAGAAUGUCAUUCAUAUGAUGACACUGGUAACAUGUUAUUUGGGGAUCAAAUUGCCAUAUGACACAUUUACUAGGCAGUCUCGAUACUACAUCCAGGCCGCAACAACGGCAGGAUCCAAGCGAACACCGCUUUUCUUAUCAGAAAAUAACCUUAUGCUUUUUGCUGCUGGAUUGGGCUAUCUCAACUACAAUAUUGCUUACCUUUGUCACUCCCAAGGCAUCCACAUUCCACUAGAAAAUGUCGCCAACACUCUUGAAAACCUGCUUGCCUGCUGCGAAGCGCCCAAUCUGGGA